CGAGAUGUCAAAGAAAAUGGCGGUCGGAAAUACGCCAAAUUAUUGAUGGGACCACGUGUUCAAAUUGUAACAAUAAACCAUCCUAAUUUGGAAUUCUCCACAAUAAAAACAAACAUGGCGUCUUCUGCAUCGGUUGUACCUUUGAAAAGAAGGAAAGUGAAUGCCGAAGAUGCCUUUUGUGACAAGUUUUUGAAACUUGAAGAUGACCUUUGUAAAAAUUUAUCGCCGCUUGAGUUUUCUUCUCCAAUAACGCACGUGUAUAACCCGCUUGAAUAUGCCAGAGAAACACAUGAAGACUAUGUCAAGAAAUACUGCAAAGCUGGGCAAAAAGUGCUCUUUUUGGGAAUGAAUCCUGGUCCGUUUGGAAUGGCUCAGAACGGGGUACCUUUUGGAGAUACCAAACAUGUCAUUGACUGGCUUAAAAUAAAAGGUAGUGUGAAGAAACCAUUUAAAGAGCAUCCUAAAAGACUUAUACAUGGACUUCACUGUACAAGGGCAGAAGUUAGUGGUAGCCGACUUUGGGGUUUCUUUCAAGAACACUGCAAAACACCAGAGACAUUUUUUGCGAAUUGUUUCAUUCACAACUAUUGCCCACUAGUGUUUAUGAAAUCAAGUGGUAAGAAUGUGACACCUCCUCAGCUGCUUAGGAAAGAAAGAGAGACUUUAUUGGAGCUCUGUGAUAAAUCUCUGGCAGAUGUCGUGAAGUUGAUGGAUGUAAAAAUUGUUGUUGGGGUUGGGAAAUUUGCAGAGGAAAGAGCUCGGAAGGCUUUAAAAGACAAUAAUGUUGAAAUUUAUUCAAUUAUGCAUCCCAGUCCAGCAAGCCCUGCUGCAAAUAGCGGGUGGGACAAAAUUGCUUUAACACAACUCAGAGACCUUGAUCUUAUGUGUUAUAUCAAAAAUGAACAUUAAAAUCCAGCUUUGUCCUGAUAAUUAACCCUCUGGGUAGUAUUCUUUGUAACAAUGUCAAUUAUUGUAACUUGAAAUACGCUACCCACUCACCUGGAUCUACCUAAACCCUCUCAAUACCAAGAUUUCGUUAGUAAUUCUUCUUUCUGUCUGCCAUACAAUUCUUAUGAUGUUACUUUAGAGAAUUUGGCAUUGUAUCAACUGAUUGUUUCACUUCUAAAAUGGCAAACAGCUGUUGACUUUGAUCCGACCAAACUCUACCGCUCAUUUUGUUAAGAAAGUAAUUCAUUAUGACCAACAACAGUCCUUUUCAGGACUGGUCUCGCCCGAAGGAGUAUACAACACAACUCAACUGUUCUUCCCUCACUCAAACCAGUAACUGCUCAGUAAAUAAAUAAACAUAUGGUGUGGUUUUUCACCUUACUUUAUUUUUUUACUAUGAAACUCAAUAGAACGAUAAUUUUGGUGACUACAGAAGAACAUAUUUCCUAUUCUACAUGUUAAAAUAUCUUUUAAUUGAUUCUAUUUCCAUUGAAACUACCAUAACUCAGCCAACAAGAUAUCCACUAGGGCAAGAUUAAUAUUGUUAUUCACUUUGUUACCCAAAGAACACAGAGUUUUAGCAUGCAGGUUGAGUGACUAAAGGUAGCACAAAAUCAAUGUUAAAAAAUGAAAAAAGACUUAGCUGGAGACAGUUUCUUAACAUGUCUAAUGAUUUUUUCUUUUAACAUUCAACUAUAACUGUAGUUGAAGAUGAAAUAUUAUCUGGAAACAAAAAGUUCUUACAAAUGUAAAUUAAAAAUUUGAUUCGUAAUCAGUAUGUUAACAUUUUACCCAUCUAAAAACCAAAAAAUUACAAAGGUACCAUGAAAAAAUUACCAGUAAUGCUGAUUAUUUUAGUUCUGGUAAAAUGAUUGGUUACGUACAAAUCAAAGGUGUUGAUACCUAUAUAUUAAUAUAAAUUUUUAUAAUUUCAUACAUAAGAGAAACUGUACAGUGACAUUAUAAACAAUUGGCAAUUUCUUUUAUGUUGAAAACAAACCAUAACCCUGCCUUUCUCCCUUCCUAACCCAUGAACCAACUUAACACAAGGCUUCAAAGAUGCUUCUAGUAAGGCAUGCACGGAAUCUGAUUAAGUGACAUUGAAAGUGCCUGUAACCUGUAAAGUACAAUUUUCACAACAUAAUAAUUAGAAUUCCCCUCUUCAGUCUCUAACAAGUAAUUUUAUCUUUAAAUAAAUUUACAUUAAAACAUUGCAUUGUCUCUCCUUUCAAAGUUUCUUUUGAUUCAUUUACCCUUACCAUUUGUAUGAGAAAUAAUAUCUGAACUUUUUUGCUGAUUAGGCAAAUUCAUGUGCAUCUAAAAGAACUAAAAUUGGGCCUGUUGAGGAUUGGAGUGGUCUCUGAUUAAUGCAAGUAGCAAGGCUUCUUACUAUUAUAAUAAUAAUUAUUUUUAUACUUAUUGCAAUAUAUUAUUUGCUAAUUAUUUAUUUUAUUAAAGUUAUGUGAAGUAAACUUUGUGAUUACUUUAAAGUUUGCUGAACUUAUAUUUGCAAAAUCUUUGUAAUAUCACUACCUUUUACACUACCUUCCAUAUAUUAUAUUUAAGAGCUCUUAAUAACUAUAUUUACCAUCACAACAUAGUAUUCCUUAUAUGCAAAAAAUGUUGGAAAACUUUUAAUUAUAACUGCAGACUUAUUAGGUGAAUGAUCCUGAUAAAAUAUUUUUUAAUGUUGUCUGUUUAAAAGCAUUGCUAGAGCACCUAAUUUUCAAGUAGUAAGGCCAAUUACUUGAGUGCCAACUUGUAAAUUUGGCUUGAGACUGAGAAACUUUAAAAUGCUUCUAUUAAAUAUGUUCAUCAGGAA